AUGUCGAACAAGAAGAACGAGGAUAUCGAGAUGAGUGCGAUGGGUGAUGAGUCCAGUGAGCGAGAGAACCUCCUGCUGGAGCCCGCGCCCCAUCACCGGGCACGCGUCGAUAGCGGCACGGAUAGCAUUUUCUCCCAACUGGAGAAAAACCCUGGCGCUGCUGUUCUAGCCUACUGCUUCUCCUCAAUCAGUAUGACGGUCGUGAAUAAAUAUGUCGUUUCUGGGUCGUCCUGGAACUUGAAUUUUCUUUAUCUGGCCAUUCAGUCCGUUAUCUGCACUGCUGCAAUCCUGGUCUUGAAACAGUUGGGCUUGAUUCCUAACCUCGCUGCGUUGGAAAGCGGCAAGGCGAAGAGAUGGCUCCCCGUGUCUGUGUUCUUCGUUGGCAUGAUCUACACCAGCACCAAGUCUCUUCAAUUUCUGUCUGUUCCGGUAUACACUAUUUUCAAGAAUUUGACCAUCAUUGUCAUCGCCUAUGGUGAGAUCCUGUGGUUCGGCGGCAACGUCACCCCGCUGCUUCUGUUGUCAUUCGGCUUCAUGGUGCUCAGCUCCGUUGUCGCUGCAUGGGCUGAUAUCCAGGCCGCUGUCAAUGGCAUUGGGCACUCGGCUGAGUCUGCCACUGCUAUCUCAACCUUGAAUGCUGGGUAUGCGUGGAUGGGGCUAAAUGUCAUCUGCACUGCCUCGUACGUCCUGGGUACGCGCAAAUUCAUUACCUCAUUGAACUUUAAGGACUGGGAUACAAUGUUCUAUAACAACAUGAUCUCCCUCCCUAUCAUGAUCAUCUGCUCCCUGACCACGGAGGACUGGUCUUCGGCCAACGUGGCUAAGAACUUUCCUGCUGAGUCGCGUAACAGUCUCAUGAUUGGCAUGCUCUAUUCUGGCCUGGGUGCCAUCUUCAUCUCCUACUCGUCUGCCUGGUGCAUUCGUAAGACUUCGUCGACAACUUACUCAUUUGUCGGCUAUCUGAAUAAGCUCCCGCUCGCUAUCAGCGGUAUCGUUUUUUUCGAUGCUCCUGUCACGUUCGGUAGUGUCACGGCUAUUCUCCUAGGGUUCUUCAGCGGUCUCAUCUACGGGUAUGGCAAGAUGAAGCAGAAGGAGCAGCCUAAGCAAGUCCUCCCCACCUCCCAGCCUCCCAUGAGCGCCAGCUCCCAGCGCCAGAAAGAUGCAUAUAAACUAUAA